CGCAACACAGGUUACUGUAAAACUGCGACUCAGCUAAAAUAAACUGGUUGAAAUCCAAAAUUAGAAACAAGAUGAACUUGUUUUAACGAAAACCAUUGGAUUUACAGUGUUUCUCAAGCGGAAUAGACUAUUUUAGAGACUGACGAAGGGACGGAAACAGUUUAAACACCCUGGAAUAUAUUUUUUGGAGCUGCAACUCAUACCGAUACUGUGGUCGACACUAAAGUUUUGGACAUCUACACAGGAUUGGCCCGUCCUGUCGACAACGUGGACCCCUUUUGUGACGGUGUGUCCCGCUGAAUAAGGGAACGCUGUCUGAAGCGGACGAUGGUUCGAGAGAGGUCGCCGGUGCUCACGCAUGCCCCCGUAGCCGCUCCGAGCAGGAGGCAAGAGUGAGGAGUGCCCCCUGUCUACUGCAGUAUGGUGUAGCCCACAAGCAGAGCAGUCAAGAUGAUGGCCUCAGUCCUCGCCGGUGGAAACCGGGACCGGCAGUCUCCCAUCCUGAGAGGGGUGGAUCCAGAGACCUGCAUGAUUGUCUUCAAGAACCACUGGGCCCAGGUGGUGAAGAUCCUGGAGAAGCAUGACCCCCUGCGCAGCGGCGGGGCGGGGCUGGGCGGCGGGGGCAUGGGCCUGCGCUUCGGCCCCAUCCCGGGCGACGAGGCCAGCGCCGUGCAGAACUACGUGGAGCACAUGCUGUUCCUGCUGAUGGAGGAGGGCAGCGGCCAGGCGGGCGCCAUGGGCCCCAUCCUGGAGUUCGUGGUGACGGAGAACGUGAUGGAGAAGCUGUUCGUCUGGAGCCUCCGGCGGGAGUUCACCGACGACAUGAAGGUGGAGCAGCUGAAGAUGUACGAGAUGCUGGUGGGCCAGUCGCGCCAGCCGCUGCUGCACCACAAGCCCGUGCUGCGGCCGCUCAUGAUGCUGCUGAGCUCCUGCUCGGGGGCCGGGGCGCCCGCCGUGGAGGCCGAGCUCGUGCUCCUGCUCAACCAGCUCUGCUCCAUCCUGGCCAAGGACCCCUCUGUGCUGGAGCUCUUCUUCCACACCAGCGAGGACCAGGGCGCCGCCAACUUCCUCAUCUUCUCCCUGCUCAUCCCCUUCAUCCACCGCGAGGGCACCGUGGGCCAGCAGGCCCGGGACGCCCUCCUCUUCAUCAUGUCCCUGUCGGCCGAGAACCAGGUGGUGGCCAAGCACAUCGUGGAGAACACCUACUUCUGCCCGGUGCUGGCGACGGGGCUGAGCGGGCUCUACUCCUCCCUCCCCACGCGGCUGGAGGUGCGCAGCGAGGACUGGCACUGCCUGCAGCGUGACGACUGGCAGCAGGUGCCCACGCUGGUGCAGUUCCUCAACUCGCUGGAGUUCUGCAACGCCGUCAUCCAGGUGGCCCAUCCCUCAAUCAGAAACCAGCUGGUGGGCUACAUCUACAACGGCUUCCUUGUGCCUGUACUGGCCCCAGCUCUGCACAAGCUGACCCUGGAGGAGGUGAUGACCACCACGGCGUACCUGGACCUGUUCCUGCGCAGCGUGACUGACCCCGCCCUGCUGCAGACCUUCCUCAGCUUCAUCCUGCUGCACAAGCACGAGAACGUUUACAUCCUGGACACGCUGGUCAGCCGCAUCAACACCCCCUUCCAGUUGGGCACAGUGUCCCUGGCCCUGUUCCGCACUCUGAUCGGUUUAUACUGUGAGGAUGUGAUGCUGCAGCUCGUCUUGAGGUACCUGAUCCCCUGUAAUCACAUGAUGCUGAGCCAACGGAGGGUGCUCCGAGAGAGGGACUGCUACUCCGCGUCCGCUGCCAAAAUCCUGGCCCUCACCCCCUCUUGCUGCUCCCCCGAGCCCAUCCCGCGGUGGACGGAGCAGCUGGACUGCUUCCUGUGGUCCAAGAACACGGAAGGGCCACACACAGUAAAUAAGGACUCAGAUGGGCUGUUCUCCAGUGAUGACAGCGUGGGAUACACCCGCCUCAGCGGGGCUCAGGUUCCAACGGAUGUCAGUUACCUGCACUACCUUUACGAUGCCCACAACAGCAUCACCAACUGCAUCAAGGCGUGUCGCGUGUGGUCCGCGCCGUACGACGGUGUCAGCCCCCCUCCCGAGCACUACCAGCACAGCUCCUUGGACGAGACGGGGAAGCCGUCCAAGAGGGCCCCGAGGCCCCGCCCACCCUCGGACCUGGGCUCCACGGGGGACCAGGUGAACCAGCUGGACCUGGAGUGGGACGACAGCUACGACGCCGUACUGUCCCCCGAUGACAGCGAGGGCGCCCCCGAGGCCAGGCCCGCCGUCCCCACUGAGCCGCCCAAGCACAUCCAGGAGAUGAGGAAGAAUGCCAUCAUGCUCAUCAAGGGCUCCUACAUUGAGGAGUCGGACUUCCAGGACGACGUCAUGGUCUACAACCUCAUCGCGCAGAAGGACGCCCAGGACGUGGUGGAGCAUGUUUCGCAGAAGGCCCAGAGCGUGGAGCCGGGUCAGAGUCAGCAGCAAGAGGAGCAGAUGGCCCAGGAGCGGCUGGCCCCUCCACUCAGCAACGGACUGAGCUCCCCACAGCACCACCCAGAGGCGGAGGAGCAGAACGACAAGACGUCUGAUCAAAAGGCGCCGCAGGCAGACCACAACUCCAACGCUCGCGUUUCGGCAAGCCAGCCAGGAGAAGACUUUAUGUCCCAGUACAACGAGCUGAUCCGGACUCUGGGGGUGGAUAUAGGCAGCCCGGUGAGAUGGGAGAAGGAGUUCCGAAAGCCCAUCAGUCCCGCGGAGGAGGACGAGGUGGACUUCACCUCCUUUUCUGUUGAGUCGCCAGAGCCGCAGAAGACUCCCUCGCCGUUCGGGUCAAAAAGACACAAUGCGGGCCGGAGUCAGGGUGUACCUUUCACUGGCCCGUUCAUCAGCGUGCUGCUGUCCCGGCUGGAGAACAUGCUGGAGAACUCUCUCCACGUCAACCUGCUGCUGACGGGCAUCCUGGCCCAGCUGGCUGCCUACCCCCAGCCUCUGCUGCGCUCCUACCUGCUCAACACCAACAUGGUGCUCCAGCCCAGCGUGCGCUCACUCUACCAGGUUCUUGCGUCUGUGAAGAACCAGAUCGAGCAGAGGGCCUCUUUGAAGAAGGACUUCCCGGAGCUGGUGAGAGACGCACAGCAGUACCUGCUGGCCAGAGAGGAUGUUCUACGCAGCCGAGAUCUGCUGCUGCUCUCCAAUGGCGGUGAGAAAGGAGACUGGCUUCCCAAUGGACAGGAGGGCAGAGCGCCCAUCAUCCCCAGCAGGAUCAUAAGGAACCUGCCGCCCUAUCCCAAAAUCCCGCCCCAGGCCCGCAACGGGGUGUUCGCCACGGUCCUCUUCGCUGAGCUCCUGAAAGAACUGGCUGCCUUCGCACAGGAACACUCUAUCCUAUCACACAUGCUCCAGGAGGAGUAGAGCUCUGAGCUACGCGCGUCUGCUUCACUCUCUGCAUCUCUGGACAUUGUAACACGCUUCAAGACUGUUGAAGUGUUCUUUUUUUUUCCUAUUCCUGGCACUACUUGAUGACGAAGAUACCUCUUUGGUGGAUAGCAAUCUUUUCUUGUCUGACUUCACAUUUGAUUGGGGUUUUAUUUGAGGUUAAUGCCCCCUUUCUUAAAGCUAUUAUUACCACCCCUCUCCUGCACCGGGGUUCAAUAUUGCCAUUAUUCAGUGCUGUUCUUAAUUCUUUGGGCCCAGAGGGUAUUCUCCUCAUUUUUUGACUCCUUUUACUUUUUUUUACGCACAGCUCCUUACAGCCAAGCCCAAGUGUUGCACCUCAGUUUUGACUAGAGACUUUAAUCUGUGGGUAGUGUGCAUCAAUAUCACAAUCCUGGUGAUCCUAACUAAAAAAGAUUUAACUAUUACACUAGUAGAGUCACUGCUACUAUUAAUGGCAGUGUCACUACAAAACAUAUUGUACCUUUUUUAUAUAAGGUGUUCCCGUUUAUAGGCAUCUCAGUUCAA